UACAAUCGAAUUAAUCCACCGCAUGCAGUCCAUUGUGGUAAAUAAAUUGAGAAGCAGCCUAGCCCAGUUUUUAUCCCAUCUCUCAGCUAAAGAAGUGAGCAACUAUGUCUGACAGUGAACAACCUACAGCUACGGAGCAGCCUGAAGAGCAGCCAGUCGCCGACACACAGGCUCCAGAAACAGAGGAGCAGCCCACUGGGACUGGAGAAGACACUGCUGAGACUCCGGCCGAGCAACCCCAGCCUGAUGAGCCAAUAGUUGCUGACGAGGGAGAGCCUGGGCCCAGUGAUGAGGAGCCUAAACCAGCAGAAGAGGGUGUUGAGGAGCCUAAACCAGCAGAAGAGGGUGUUGAGGACCAGGCAGCUCCAGCAGUGGAGGAGACUGAGCAGCCAGAAGCAGAAGCAGAGCCAGAGCCUGAGGUCAAAGAAGAGCCUGUGGUUAUCACCCCUGAGGGCAGCCCGUUUUGGCUCUCAACUGAAGAUGUGCUAGCCAAAGGACUACUCGAGAAUGAGGUGGAAAACUUCAAGAACUUCUUCUUCCGACAGAGUCACAGUCUCCAGGCCUGGUAUGACCAGCUCAAAGACCUUGCCAUACAGACAGAGUUCAUCACCCUCUCUAAGGAAGAGAUCGAGGCGCUGAGUGCUGUAGGUGAUCCAAGCGAGGAACAACAACAGGUACUUUCUGGUCUAGAGGACAGGGUCAACCAGGCCAUUGAGCUCUUUGAGGGAGACGGGGCAGUAGUCAGGGUCAACGAGAGGAGUGCCAAGGACUCCGUCUAUGACAGAGAUGAUGAGACGUACAUUGCUCAAGUUAGGGAUGCUGUGGUGAAUGAGCUUGAGGUGGAGAAGCAACGAGCCAAUGCCUACGCCAUCUGGAAGGAGCAAGAGAAAGGGCCCAACGCCUUUAAGAGGGGGAUCAACACUCUCAGGGCAUCUCUCCGUCGCCCUCGAGCCCACAGCACUGGCAGAAAAGAGGCCAAACCCAAGCUGGAGGAGGAGAAAAAUAAGGACGAGGAAAAACAAGAGGAGCCACCAAAGGAUGAAACUGCUGAGGUUGCUGAGGGUGGUGAGGAAGAAGCCACUGGAGGAAAGGUCACUAUUGAGGUGCAAGUAGAGAAUGAUGGUGAAGACAAGCCUGCUGAUGAGACUCCUGUUGCAGAGGAGGCACCAAAGGAUGAGGGAGAAGCAGCUGAGGCACCGAAGGACGAGGGUGAACCUGCUGAGGCACCAAAGGAAGAAACUGAAGUUGUAGAGGCGCCAAAGGAAGAAGUUGAACCUGCUCCCAAAGAAGGCGAGGAGGCAGCAAAGGACGACGGUGAAGCUGCAGCAAAGGAGGGUGACAAGACCAAGGAAGGUGAUAUUGAAAAGGUUGAUGAGGAAGCCCAGCCAGAGGAACCCAAGAAGAGCCCCACCCAUGUCCAUCACAAGUUGCGCAAGGCCAAAACGGAGAGCCUGGACAACCAGAUCCUGAGAGCUUUCCUCUUGAGCACCACUGCCCUAUUCAAAGUCAAGACUGGGAAGGAGGCCAUCGACCUCCUGCGCAGAAGUGUCAGUAUCAGGAAUGAUCUGAACCAACUGAAGGCAUUUGGAGGUGUUGAGGGAGUCCAGGUGUCCCUUAGUGUGUGUCGCUGGCAGGAACAAGUGGCCAGCUAUCCUGGCAUGGAGUUCAGGGGAUUUGUGUACAAGAAUGAGCUGAAUGCCCUCUCCCAGUACAACGACACUGCCUAUUAUCCCAACACGGACACGUACUUCAACACCAUCCAAGCCAAAGUGCAGGACUUCUUCAAGGCCAACAUUCAGGAGUCUCUCCGAGAGCUAGAGAAUUACAUCAUUGACUUUUAUGUCACCCCUGACAAGGUGCUGGUGAUCCGCCUGAACCCAUUCUACACGGCCAUUGGAGCUUGUCUCUACACCUGGAAUGAGAAUGGGAAAGUUCUCACUCAGGGCCCUUUCGAGUUCCGCAUUGUGGAUGCACCCAGGACAGCCCCUGAAGCCUUCAGCAGCUUUCAGCCAUUCUGGCAGACAAUGUUGCAGUCAGUGCUCGACCAGAGAAGGCCACCAGGUCGACAAAGAGGUUGCAUACUACUCUAAGUAUACGACAACUAUACAGAUUCAAUAAAAUUGUUUUAUUAUAGAAUAAAUUAAAUUUUCCCUGAACUAGUAAAUUAGCAAAUAACAAUUUUACCAUCCGAAAUGCACCUACACACUGUAAAAAUUAUUUGUGCUGUAUAAUUAUAAUACCUAUAAUUAUUGUGUAGAUCUCAAGUUAUUGCUUACCCAUGUCUAAUAUCUGCCUAAUGGCCUGUAUACAAAAUAAAUCCCCCAGAAA